AUGGCGGCCGCCCUCGCGGCGUCCUGGCCGGACGCCCUGGCUGGACCGGUCGCGGAUGUCGACCGGGAGGCGGAUUGGCUUCGGAAGGCACUGACGGCGGCGUGUGACGCCGCCAUGCCCCGAGCCAGGAAGCUCCCAAGCGCGGCGCGACGUGGCUUCACCAGGACCCGCCGUCGGCGCAACCGCGACCCGGCGUGGGAGGCAGAGCUGUACGAGGUCUACCGACAGGCCACGGUAGACCUCCAGCGCGCCAUCAGGAGGGCCAAGGUGAGCGCCUGUGGUGAGCUCCUCGGGACUCUGGAGAAAGAUCCAUGGUGGCGGCCUUAUCGCAUCGUGCUGGGUCGCAUGCGACCGGCCGCCCCCCCUGUCACGGAGUCCCUCGACCCCCCCGUUCUGGAGCGUGUCGUGGAUACCCUCUUUCCGGUAGACCCGGAGGAGGACCCACGGCCGCUCCUGCCGGCGGACGCGACCAACUGGUCCGCCGGCCUGGGGGUCACCGAGGGGGUGCUCGGGAUGGCCGUCGGGCGAAUGGUGGCCAGGAAUACGGCACCAGGGCCCGACGGCAUCCCUGGGCGGGCGCUCGCUUUGGCGCUGCGCGUCCUGGGUCCCCGGCUCAGGCGGCUGUUCGACGGCUGCCUAGAGUCGGGGCGGGUUCCGCUGGGCUGGAAGCAGGCGCGGAUGGUCCUUAUCCCGAAAAAGGGAAAGCCCGCGGAUUCGCCCUCCGCGUAUCGGCCGAUCUGCCUCCUCGACAAGGCGGGCAAGCUUUUCGAGCAUGUGCUGGCUGCCCGCCUGUCGAGGGGCCUGUCCGACGGUAGUCUGGUGUUGGCCGGCUGCCAAUACGAUUUCCACGAGGGCAGGUCGACGCUCGAUGCGAUCGACCAUGUGCGUGCCCUCGCGGACUGGGCGAUCCCCCGGGACGACAUACUGAUCACCGCGGUGGGUCGGGACGGGACCAGAGUUCUCAGGCUGGCGGAACUCGGGGUCGCGAUUGUGGUCGCGAGGAUCCGGGCUUUGGGGCUCCAGAUCUCGCCGCAAAAGACGGAGGCGGAGAGACUGCCUCUGUCGCGGCGGGUCCCCCAGACCUGGAUCCGAGUGGGCGAUGCGGCUGUCCGAUUCGAGGGCCGGACGAAGUAUCUGGGCCUCGACUUGGACAGCCGCUGGCGAUGGGAGGGGCACUUCGACCGCUUGGUCCCCCGAAUUCAGGCGGUGACGACCCUGCUGGGUCGUCUCUUGCCGAACCUCGGGGGGCCGGAGGAGAUGGUCCGCCGCCUCUACUUAGGGGUCGUGCGGUCCAUGGCCCUGUACGGGUCACCUGUAUGGGCGCGCGACCUGGUGGCCUGCCGUCGUGGGCGGCACCAGCUGCGACGGGUGCAGCAUCACAUGGCCAUCAGGAUCGCGCGAGGGUACCACACGAUCUCCCACGAGGCGGCGGCCGUCCUGGCGAGGGUCGUCCCCUUCGAUUUCCAGGCGGAGGCGCAGUCCGAUGUGUACCGUCGGCUGGAAGACCUCCGCCGGAACGGGGACGAUUCGCCAGGCGAAGCGGUCGAAGUGCUCCGACGCCGGAGCGAGCGGGCGGCUCGCGAGAAUUGGCGGCGCCAGCUUCUGGAGAGCGGCGCCGCCCAGCAGCGUGCGGUGGGGGAGUACGACUGCCAGUAUGGUUUCCGCGGGGCCAGGUCGUCGCUUGUUGCGAUCGACCACGUGCGCGCUCUCGCGGGCCGGGCGGUCUCCCGGGCUAGUGUGGCGUUGGCUAUCAGCCUUGACAUCGCCAAUGCCUUUAACACUCUGCGCUGGGCACGAUCCGGGAGGCGCUCCAAGAUCAUGGAGUGCCUACCUACUUACGGGUCGUGUUGCAGGACUACCUGUCGGACAGGUGGAUCGAGUUCCCCGACCAUGACGGACGGCCGGUGUGUCGGUGUGUCAACCCGGGUGUGCCCCAGGGGUCUGGUUUAG